AGGUGUCCGGAUGACGUAGGGUGCCAGGGCUGUCCUUGUGGGGAAGGUCCACCGCAGGGUGAGGCCGGGGUGGGACCGACGCAUCCCACCGCCUGUCACUAGUCUUCGGGAGCCGGCGGAGACUGAGCAGCCGGGCUCGAGCGGGCGGCGGGGCACGAGAGCGGGAUGUACUUCUGCUGGGGUGCGGGCCAUGGGAGGCUGCAGCGCCAGGCGCCGGCGCGGGGUGCCGACCUGCAGCAGGCAGCCUGCGGGGAGCGCCACUCGCUGCUACUGCUGAGCGACGGCACGGUCCACUCGUGCGGGGACAACAGCCGGGGCCAGCUGGGCCGGAGGGGUGUGCUGCGUGGUGACCGUUCAGAACCAAUUAGGGCAUUGGAAACUCUACGGGUUGUUCUCGUGAGCUGCGGGAAGGAGCACUCCCUGGCUGUUUGUCACAAAGGAAGGGUCUUUGCCUGGGGAGCUGGUUCUGAAGGACAGCUGGGGACUGAAGAAUUUAAGGAAAUAAUUUUUACUCCUAAGAAGAUAAAAACUUUGACUGAUAAAAAAAUAAUACAAGUUUCCUGUGGAGACUACCAUUCCCUGGCAUUAUCAGAAGAUGGCCAAGUGUUUUCAUGGGGGAAGAACAGCCAUGGGCAGCUGGGCUUGGGGAAGGACGUUCCCUCCCAGGCCAGCCCGCAGAGGGUGAAGUCCCUGGAGGGGAUCCCACUGGCUCAGGUGGCUGCAGGAGGGGCCCACAGCUUUGCCCUGUCUCUCUCUGGGACUUCAUUUGGUUGGGGAAACAACAGUGCAGGGCAAUUGGCCUUUACGGGCAAGGCCCCAGUGCAAAGGUACAAGCCUUACUCAGUUGGUGCGCUGAAGAGUCUAGGUGUGAUUUACAUCAGCUGUGGCUGUGAACACACUGCAGUGCUUACCCAGCAUGGGAAAGUGUUCACAUUUGGAGACAAUAGCUGGGGACAGCUGGGCCACAGCCCCACCGCUAAGAAGAGUGGUCCACAGCACGUAGAAAAAAUCGAUGGCCUAGUUUCGCAGAUAGACUGUGGAAGUUAUCACACCCUUGCAUAUGUCUACACUACUGGUCAGGUGGUGUCUUUUGGUCGUGGACCAGGUUGUGCAAGCAGCCUAACUCAUCCAGAGGCCCAGAUGGAAAACUUUGGCAUUAGCUGCCUGAUUACUGCUGAUGACCUUGUGGGUGUUCAAGUCAAACACAUUUUUGCUGGAACAUAUGCCAAUUUUGUGACAACUUAUCAGGAUACUAGUUCCACAGAUGUUUCCAGGAAAACCUUGCCAGAAAUAAGCCGAAUUAACCAGUCCCAGGUGGAACAAUGGAUGGCAGUGACAAUUGGAAGUACUGAACAUGAAGUGGCUAAGAGUGAAAUUAGAAUGAUAUUUUCAUCUCCUGCUUGUCUGACUGCAAGUUUUUUAAAGAAAAGAGAACCUGGAGAAAUAAAUUCCAUCGACGUGGACUUACAAAUGGCAAGUGAUACCUUCCAGAAGUUAACAAAAAAGGAGUGGAUUUCAUUCAUGAUAAAGACAUGUCUCGAGGAGAACCUACUCAGAGCUCUUCCAUGUGCUUCUCCACACCAAGAAGCAGCAUCAAUUUUCCUUCUGCUCCCACAAUGUCCUGUGAUGCAAGAUUCUAGGAAUUCAGAAACUCUGGUGGUUCCAUUUGCACAGGUCAUUUGUAAAAUGAGUGACAGAUCUUUAGACAUCCUGAUGCAGUACUGGGCAUCUUUGCAAGAAUCUACUCUCAACACACUGGUCCAGAUGCUUAAAUCAGCCAUCAUUGUUCAGCUGUGUCUUUGGACUACAACAGAUCAGAGUAACCACAAUGUUGAAAAUCUUCUAGAAAUAAUGAAAAAAGUAUAUAAGGUAAACAAAGCUAACUGUCAACUACCAGAGAAAACUUUCAACAUAAAAGAACUCUCCAACUGGUUGAGCAAUUAUAAAGAAAAAAAAAUACUGUUCAUUAUGUGUAAUAACCUGACACCCGAAAGAAACUGUCACAUUAUUCUCAGUAAAUUUCCAUUUAUCUUUAAUUUUCUAUCCAAAAUGAAAUUAUGGCAAGCUGAUUCUGACAUAAAAAAGGUGAAGCUAAAAAAGAUUGUGCAAAUGAGUCCGCCAGGAAAGAAUGGAUUCCCUACAUCUCCCAUAUUUUUACUUCGAGUCAGAAGAAGCCACCUAACUGAAGAUGCCCUGCGUCAGUUAAGCCAAGCUGAAGACACUGACCUCCGGAAAGAAUUAAUAAUUGAAUUUAUUAAAGAAAUUCGUUCCGUGGGUAGAGGAGUAAAGUCCGAGUUCUUCCACUGUGUAUUUGAAGAGAUGACCAAGUCAGAAUAUGGACUGUUCAUAUAUCCUGAAGAGGGUUCCUACAUGUGGUUUCCUGUCAACACCAAAUUUGAAAAGAAGAAAUAUUUCCUGUUUGGGAUGCUGUGUGGACUCUCCCUAUACAAUUUAAAUGUUGCCAAUAUUCCUUUCCCACUGGCUCUGUUUAAGAAACUUCUGGACCAAAAUCCAUCAUUGGAAGAUUUAAAAGAACUCAGUCCUAUUGUAGGGAAGAGUUUGCAAGAAGUUCUAAAUUAUCAGGCUGAUGACAUGGGAGAAGCACUGAACCUACAGUUUUCUAUACACUGGGACCAAAAGGAUGUUAAUUUAACUACAAAUGAGAUCUCUAUACUUGUGGACCAAACCAACAAGAAAGACUACAUUUCCAAGUGUGUUGAUUACAUUUUCAACACAUCCAUAAAAGACAUUUAUGAAGAAUUUAAGAGAGGAUUUCAUAAAGUCUGUGACAAGGAGAUACUUAGGCUUUUCCAUCCUGAAGAACUAAUGACAGCAAUAGUUGGAAAUACUGAUUAUGACUGGAAACAAUUUGAAAAGAAUUCAAAGUAUGACACAGGAUACUGUGAAUCACAUCCUACUAUACUGAUGUUUUGGGAAGCUUUUCACAAAUUAACUCUGGAUGAAAAGAAAAAAUUCCUCUUUUUUCUUACAGGAAAUGAUAGGCAGACUGUAAGAGGAUUACAACAAAUGGAAAUCAUAUUUCAAUGUCCUGAAACUUCCAGUGAAAGAGAUAACCCACAAUCACUUGUAUGUCAUAAUAUUCUGCGCCUCCCUAAAUAUUCUACAAUGGAAAGAAUGGAGGAAGCACUUCGAUUAGCCAUCAACAGCAACAGAGGAUUUGUUACACAGUAAUAGUGAUCUCUGAGAGUCUCAAUGAGGCCUCAGAUUCUCAGGCCACUCUCACUCAUCCAUUCUGAUGUUCUUCUUAGGUCUAAUUAGUACAAACGGUUGAUGGAUUUUUUUAUUAGAAUUAAUAUAUGUUAAGAUAAGCAAUAAAGUGAUGAAUCAAGAUAA